AUUCACACCAUUUCAAUAUGAGCAAGCAGAAGCAGAAGCGCGGCGACAUCGCCUAUGUCAUCUUCGACAUGGACGGACUAUUGAGUGCGUAGCGGCGAGAACACGCUGACAGCAGUGUAUGUCGUUCAAUUCGCCUCCUGAUGGAACUGACGGCAGUGACUCGGAGGUGCGCGACUACCUCUGCUGAACUAACCUAAGCGCAUCUACACGCAGGUGACAAACGAUAUUUUGGCGCGCUACGGGCUUGAGAUGACAUGGGACAUGAAGGCCGGUCUCAUGGGUAAAGUGCAGCGUGAGGCAGCCGAAUACCUCUUCAGCUUCUUCCCGGGGCUCGAGGACAAGAUCACCGUCGACGAUUACCUUGCCGAGCGCGUGGACAUGCAGGAUGCACUGUUCCGCAAGGUGCCGCCGAUGCGCGGUGCACUCGAGCUCGUACAGGGGUUGCACGAGGCUGGCGUUCCGAUCGCGCUGGCGACGGGCUCGACGAGGCGCAACUUUGACGUCAAGACUGCCCACCUUCCUGAGCUCUUCGACAAGUUCCACCCUGACGUGAUCUUGACCGCCGACUCACCCGAGGUCCCCAAGGGCCGCGGCAAGCCGCACCCGGAUAUCUACUUGGCGGCGGCGCGCAAGCUGGGCCGCGACGUUGGCUAUCCCGAGAACGCGACCCCGGAGCAGGAGGCAGAGCGGGCGCGCGGCCUCGUGUUUGAGGACGCGCGGCCAGGCGUGCGUGCUGGCGUUGCCGCUGGGAUGAACGUCAUCUGGGUGCCGGAGCCGGAACUGCUUGCCCUUGAGCCCGGCGCAACGUAUGGUGCGAAGCAGGUGCUGGAGCACCUCGCCGAGCUGGACACGACGGAGUGGGGCCUUCCGUUCAUCCACCUCGACUAGUUGAGGUCGGAUCUCUGAGCAUCUGUAGCAAUUCUGGUGACAAGACUUGCGCUUAGUGGCAGCAAGAUUCAUGCAGUCACCAGUAGCACGCAGACUCCAAGUUUGUAAGCACGUACAAAAAACAAUGCAUCUCGCGAUCAUGAUUGUGG